CCCAUCCGUCCCCAUUGCAGCGUAAACGCGGCUCCAGUGUAGAUCCAACUACGAAGACCUUCGACGGCGAUCUGAGGGAGUCAAGGUAUGGCGGAAGAAGAAGCUUCUUGGGAUCAAUCUUUGGAGGAAUGGCUCAUCACUGAGGGCUACUGCUAUGCCGCCGGCAUGGCGCAGUUGGAGGAUGGCGCCUUCUACGCGGCAGCACCCCAGGAGGCUGAGGCUGGAUGGGGCUUCAUCUUCAAGGAGGACCAUGAGCAGAUGAUCAUGCAAGAUGACAUGUCAGAAAAGAAGAUGACCAUUAACGAGGCCUCAGCAUUGAAAUUCGCUGCAGAGAACCUGAAAGCUCCUCCAGAGGGAUUGUGGUUGGGUGGCCAGAAGUACAAGAUCACUCGUACAGACAAGGAGUACCAGGUUGGUGAUCAAACGUUCAUCUACAUCUUUGCCGCAGCGCCAAAGAAGGGUGUAAGCAUUGCAGUGACAAAGACACAGAUCAUUUGCGCCUUUUUCGAUGAGGAGAAGGGGCAGACGGCUGGAAACUGCACUAAGGCACUGGCAGCCUAUGCUGAAUGGAUGGUGACUGAAGGCUAUUGAGCCUGGGUUCCCGCAUCAAGUGCGGGUCCCUCCGAUGAAGUUUGUGACUGCCGCACUUUUCACAACCAGAGAGUACAGUUCUGAACUCUAGAGUUAAUA